CGCGCAUGGCCAAGCUUGGCUGCGUCAAAGAGUGGUACUUCUUUGACUGGGCUUCUUGCACACAGACGUGCUGCUCCUAGCGUCGGCACCUUGCAAGCACAGCAGUCACCUUCCAACCUCUGCGCCUCUCCUCCGCUCUUCUCGCUCGCUCGCAGAUAUUUUGCAGGACGGAGAGAGGGACCUCUGACUGUUCACCUUUCCCGAUUACACCAAUCUGAGGACUUUCCCACGUUGAGAGAUUGGCGCUUUUCCGCUUUUGCUACCAACAGAAGAGUCUAUGCUCCAGAGAAAACCUGCGGCUGGUCGCUUUUGCAGAGCCAGAGAGGGCUGCCGUGCGUCCCGGUGAUGAGGUUGGUGGCGCACAGCCGACGAAGCGUUAAAGGAAUCCCGCUGUAUCCGAAGAAACCGCCCCAGUAAGGGACAAGAACGGCGGGGACAGCUGCGGGACUGGUGUCGGUUGGGACGCUAUCAUUUCAACUGGGAUGCAUCUCUUCAGUGCCAUGUUCCUACUUGUGAUGUUAGCUGUCAUGCCCAGUGAGGCUCUGUACCCGAGCCCGGAGGAGGGCUGGCAGAUAUACAGUUCGGCACAGGACGCAGAUGGGAAGUGUAUCUGUACCGUGGUCGCACCAGCCCAGAACAUGUGUAACCGCGACCCACGCAGCAGGCAACUCCGCCAGCUCAUGGAGAAGGUUCAGAACAUUAGCCAGUCUAUGGAGGUGCUGGACCUGAGGACGUACAGAGAUCUACAGUAUGUGAGGAACACAGAGAGCCUAAUGAAAGUGGUGGAUGGAAAGCUGAAGGUGGCCUCGGAAAAUCCCCGCAGUCUCAAUCCAAAGGGCUUUCAGGAGUUAAAAGAUAAGGUGACUCAGCUGCUCCCCCUGCUGCCAGUGCUGGAACAAUAUAAGGCAGAUGCUAAGAUGAUCCUUCGUCUUCGGGAGGAGGUGAGGAAUCUGUCCUUGGUGCUGAUGGCCAUCCAAGAAGAGAUGGGGGCCUACGACUAUGAGGAGCUACGCCAGAGAGUCCUGCUUCUGGAGACCAGACUCCACUCCUGCAUGCAGAAACUAGGUUGUGGGAAACUAACUGGUGUUAGUAAUCCAAUCACAGUGCGUGCAUCAGGGUCCAGGUUUGGCUCCUGGAUGACAGAUACCAUGAUCCCCAGCUCAGACAACAGAGUUUGGUCCAUGGAUGGUUACUUCAAGGGACGCCGUGUCCUGGAAUAUCGCACAAUGAAUGAUUUCAUGAAGGGCCAGAACUUUGUGCAGCACUUGCUGCCUCACCCCUGGGCAGGCACUGGCCAUGUGGUCUACAACGGCUCCCUGUACUACAACAAGUACCAGAGCAACAUCAUCAUUAAGUACCACUUCCGUUCUCGAAGUGUGCUGGUGCAGCGCAACCUGAAUGGGGCCGGCUAUAAUAACACCUUUCCCUACUCUUGGGGCGGAUCCUCAGACAUCGACCUCAUGGCAGAUGAGAAUGGCCUGUGGGCCGUUUACACCACCAUCCCUAAUGCUGGGAAUAUAGUCAUCAGCCGCCUGGAGCCUCAGAAUCUGGAGGUGUUGCAGACUUGGGACACAGGAUUUCCCAAGCGGAGUGCUGGAGAGUCAUUCAUGAUCUGUGGCACACUUUACGUCACCAACUCCCACCUGGCUGGUGCCAAAAUCUACUUUGCCUACUACACUAACACAUCGAGCUAUGAGUACACAGACAUCCCUUUCCACAAUCAAUACUCUCACAUCUCCAUGAUGGACUACAAUCCCAGGGAGAGGGUCCUGUACACAUGGAACAACGGACACCAGGUGCUCUACAAUGUCACACUGUUCCAGGUUAUUAAGACUUCUGGGGACUGA